CUAUCUCGGAACUUCACUCAGUACCAGCUUGUUAGUCGUCCUUCUCCCUCUGAUUGAUUUCCAUGGCGCCCCAUCCUCUUGUCAAUGAGUCUUCGCCAGAAUUCUCCCUCCCUGAUGCGAACGGACACAUGUUCAAGUUUCCCCCUGAAGAACAGGGGGUGCGAGUGAAGAGACCUAUUGCAUUGUUCUUCUACCCCGAGGCAGGAACGUUUGGUUGCACUCGCGAGGCUUGUCAAUUUCGUGAUGCAUUGGUUGAGAAAGAGAUCUUCAAGCGGACUGAUGUCCAGGUCAUCGGGAUAAGUUCCGAUCCUGUGCCAAAGCAGAAGCGAUUUGUUGAGAGUCAGAACCUUACAUACCCUGUCCUGAGCGACGAGAAGCACGUUGCGUAUCACGCUUUCCAUGUCGGCAAGGGCAUUAUGGGAUUUGGCGACGCCAGAACAACUUUUGUCAUCGACAGUGAAGGUAUAAUCAGGGAUUCGUUAUCUGCAAACGUAAAUUACAACGCCCACGUCAAAUUUGUCACUAAGGCCCUGGAAAAGCUGGAGUCUCAACCUUCUGUCAGGUCUCCGUCAGAGACCAGUGACGCGGACGCUGCAGCAGCGCGUUCCGAAUCUUCCGAUGACUCUUCAUUGUCACAAACUCGUGACGAGUUGAGUCGGGUUGCAUACGUGGUCUGUGCGUGACGAGUUCGUCUCGUACUCUUACUGCUUUAGUUGUAUCCCAUUGGUUGUGUUAUCCAUGAUAAUGCGUCAUGUGCGAUAACUCAAUAAAGUCCGUACUAUGUAAUCAGUGACAUAAAGCUGGAAUCUAGUGAGAUCUGCAAAACCUGCCAUUUUCCAGUAACUAAGUAUGGCUAGGCCUAGUUGAUGAAGGACAUGCUAUUAGCCAAAUUUGCGGGGACCAUAUGUGCACCAUUCGAGAUCGGCUGGCCUUAUUGGGAAGUACGACCCAUGUGUAGUAAGGCUGAUAGUGAGUUCUAAGGGGAAUGACAGAUCAAUAAAAAAACGAGAC